AUGAACGGCUACGGCUACCUCUAUGAUCUUCGCGCGCGAUACCCUUUCUGCACGAUUGCACAGAACAUGCUGGCGGGAAACACAACCUUGGUGGGCAACGGCAGAGUCCGCGAUGUGUAUUUGGUGGAGUAUGAGGGGAGAAAGGUGGCGCUCAAGACCCUGCGGAACAUGGACGAUAGUAGGAGCCAAAGGGUGCAUCUCGAGAAACACAAGCGGGAGAUUUUAACCCUUGACGCGAUGAGGGGGCAUCGAAACAUCGUCGGUAUGCUUGGUUUGUGCGACACGAUGGUGGUGACGGAAUACUAUACCACGAGCUUUCUGCGGGCGAUAUUUCGCGGAAGGAUGGAACUACCGGACCUAGCGGUUGUCUCCAUGGCGCUGGAUGCGGCGAGGGGACUGCAGGCCCUACACGAAACCGCAGGUUCCAUUCAUGUCGACCUGAAACCGCAACAGCUGCUCAUCGACGACGACGGUCGCGUGAUGCUCAACGACUUCAACAGCGCCCACAUCAUGAGCAUAAGCCAGGCUGGUGACGGGACGGCUUGUCCUGCACAAUCAACCAAAAGGAACCUGCCCACGCCCUGGCCGUCGCCUGAGAACUACGCCGGAGAGCCCUUGACACCAGCGUCCGACAUCUACAGCUUGGCAAUGAUAUUCUUCUCGCUAAUGGCGGCGUCCUUACCUUACGAGGGGAACCCGGAGCUCUUGGCGAGGGCAAUGUCAAGACAAGGUCGGCCUGAGAUAGACCCCUCGUGGCACAAAGGCUUCAUGAAGGUGGUUCAAGAUAUGUGGCAUCAAACACCCCAGAAAAGGCCUUCCGCCAAGCGAGUUGUGGUGCGAUUGCAGCUUCUUCAGGCCGAAAUCUAUUCAGAAAGCGUUCAAGCAGGCCAAUGAGAUGGUACCGAAUGAGGUGCUGACACAUCGACCUUGUGGUAGAACAGACCAUUUUUUCGAUUCUUGAUGUUUACCGGGCUGUUGGAUGGUCUCCCCGGCCGGCCAUGUCGUGUGAAGCGCGUUGGACAAGGUGUGUGUGUGAGAGAGAGUUAAGUGCUUUUGUUGCUAAUGGUCCGUACCGGGCUGACAAGCUUUCGAUGGCCUCGCAUUGUUGGCGAGAAGGUUGUUCGCUUGACCCCCUCACAAUUCUCACACGGUCGAUGGACCCUCAACCAAAGCGCAGUUUCAAGCAAUUUUCGUGGAGGACUUGUACUAAAUGGAUCGGACCAUCAUCACGAUGUGGUCUCUCUGUGUGCGAUCGUGAUGGCC